AUGGUCAUGAACUGUCAGAAUUUGUUCCUCAAAGAACAUGUGCUUAUAUUAGUCAGCAUGAUCUUCACCUUGGAGAAAGACAGUGACUUCUCCGGGUGCUGCUUGGGAGUUGGAACAAGAUAUGACAUGUUGACAGAAUUGUCAAGACGCGAAAAAGAAGCAGGUAUCAAACCAGAUCCUGAAAUAGAUGCUUUCAUGAAAGUAACAUCAAUAGAAGUAACUGUUGAAGUGGAUUACAAAAUCAGGCACACUAACAUAUUCAUAAGGUUUUUCCGUCAACUACUGGCAUUCUUCUGUGUGAACCAAAUGCCCCUACCCCUUUUCCGGUUCAUUGCUGUAAUUGGAAGGACAAGAGUUGUGGCUAAUACAUUUGGUUCCAUAACAAUUUUAGUUAUUUUUGUUUUAAGUGGAUUUACUGUUUCAAGAGAUGAUAUUGAACCAUGGAUGAUAUGGUGCCAUUAUGCUUCACCUAUGAUGUAUGGAAUGACUGCAAUAAGCAUCAAUGAAUUUCUAGACAAAAGAUGGAGUGCUGUGACUCCUAAUAUUGACCCCAGAAUUGAUGAACCCACGGUUGGGAAGGCCUUUCUUAAGGCCAGAGGCAUAUUUACAGAAGACUAUUGGUAUUGGAUAUCUAUCCGUGCUCUUAUAGGAUUUUCUCUAUUGUUCAAUGUUUGUUUCAUUCUCGCUCUAACUUACUUGGACCCAUUCAGAAGCUCAAAAUCUAUCAUAGUGGAACAGGAAGACAAUAGGGAAAGCACAACGAAGUCCUCCUCAGUAGAAAAAACAACAGGAGAUAUGACAGAAAGUUCAGCUUCAAAUGUUGAAUCGUUUGAAGGUGUUGACAUGGAAGUAAGAAACAGCACGAAUAGCUCAAUUCCUAAAGCUGCAAAGAAUGCAAAAUUCAAGAAGGGAAUGGUGUUUUACCCUUUCAGCCUCUGUCACUUGUUUUUGAAAAUGUGAAUUAUUACAUCAAUAUGCCCAAUGUAAAUUUAUACAUCUUUAUUCAGUGAACAUUUUAUCGUUAGCUUUGACAUUUGUAUUUUUCUAGCUG